AUGGAAGUCAUCGAUCUGAAACUACCCAGCAGAGGUAUGCUUAUAGGCAACCUUGCUUUCAAAAACGUUGUCCCUAAACCAUCAUUUUGGAGCAUCAUCUCCACCCUAUUGGCAAAGACGGGAUUUUUGGCAGAACUAAAUUGCACUAAGAAAAGUGCCUCUUUAGCAGUACCAGCUGCCUCAGCCCAGAAGGGUGGCCUGGAGAGCUCUCCCCUUGUUGCUGUGCUAGGAAACCUUUCCUUUGUAGCCAGGCUACAGGGUUUGGCUCCAGCAGAGCUGCUAGUGGGUGGUGAUGAACGAGAACUACGGAAAUCAACAGAAUCCUUUUCCUCCAUUUCAGGUUUUUCCACCAGUGAUCCCUCUGCAGCGAGAUGCCUGGUGGAUCAAGCUCAGGGCAAUCUUGGCCCAGAGUUUGGCCAGGCAGACGUGGACCUUGACAUUACUGUGAGCCUUCUGCUGGAGAGACUCCAACAGGAGGAGGAGACAAGAGUCACCAUUUACUCCAGCCUGCAGGAAGUCUUGCAGGGGGACAUAAAGAGCCUAGACAGGGACCUUGUCAGGAGGAUCAUCCACUUGGCCUCCAAAGACAUGAGGGAGACCCAGCAAGAAAAUGAUGAAGUGCAGUUGGCUGCAGGAAAAACCCUCGUGGCACUUGCCGGCACCUUUUACAAUUGGGUGAUGUAUGAGCUGCAGUGUCACGUGGGCAUCAUGGAGCUCCCUCCAAUUGACUUCUUGAUUACGCUGGGCGACUUGGCCUCAGCCUAUGGUACAGCAUUGCCUCCCUUGCUUCCGGGCUCUCAUCAGGGAUUGUGGAGGGAGGGGAUAAAUACCACUCUGUCCAAUGGGGCCAUCACAACUGAGCUGGAUUUGGGGCCCAAAGAAUCUGGCUCCUGGAUCUAAGGCGCCAGCACUAACUUCUGUAACAGCUGAAAGGGCCUUCAGGACAGGAAGGAGUGGAGGUCAGGUGGGCAGGACCCUCCACUCCCUCCUCCUGCCCUGCAUCUGGGCAUGGGAGGGCAGCAGACAGAAGAUUGCCCUACGUAGGGGCAGUCACUGUGGGGUUCCUCUGACAUCUUCAAAGCCCCUUUGUGCUGCUCACCCUGAGAGUGAGGGAUGCAGGUGGACAGGAAUGUCUCUAACUGCAUAAUGUAUCCUUAUCCUGCAGCACUGAGGUCUGAGCCCUUCCUUGUGCUGACGCUCAGCAAAUUGCGUUUUGUGCUGAGGCUGGUGGAGACCAACCAGAUGAAGCGG